ACGACAAAAUCAACGAGACAACGUCAGCGACAGCAGAGGAAGAAGCAGCGCCUUCGCGUAGUACGCGCUUGUUUGUUUGUUUGUUUACAUUUUCUACAAGAAUACAAAGUAUUAUUAACAAAAUGUGUAAAUGAGUGUGAAAGGAUAUAAGUUGUAUUGUUACAUGAGCAAAAAUUGAACGGACAAUUUGUUCUCGAUUCAGCCCAUUGCAUAUAGAGGCAAUUGAUUUUUACAUAAUUUCCAAACGAUGGCGGCUAUGCGCUGACCAUCGUAGAUUUUAAUUGUUUUGUUUUGUGCGUGAGUUUUUCGAUGUGUACCACAUACACUGGAGUUAUAAAAAAUAUUGUUGCUGAACGAGUUCUUGCGAACGUGACGAAUCCGCUGCGCGAGAUUGAGUUAUUUGGAGGUGGCGAAGGAGAUAUAGACAUGGCGAAUAUGAAGUUGGAGCUGAAACUGGACGCGCACAAUGCUCUGCAAAAUCAGUUUGUAUCCCUCGACAUCGAUAAUAACCGUACAAAAGCGGAUCAUGGAAAUAAGAAGGGAAGUCAAACGGGCGCCUACAUAACACGGGCCAAAAUGAAUCCUGCCAAGAGUGAUAAUGAAAAACGCCGACGCAAAGAUGCAAUGCGAAAGAUAUCAAACAUCUUCAAGAAAUGUGAAUCGUUGUUGACUGCUGAGGAACGACAAUUGUGCGAAAAAUAUCCUGAUAUUGUUAAACAAAUAAAAAAACGAAAAGAACGAGUUGAAAUUUACAAAGACCGCAUUAUUGAAAAGGAAGAUGAACCGCAUGUCAUCGAGGCAAAGGUAGAAGAGUUGGCUGCGAUAAUUUCACAAUCGAAGCACCUGAUUUGCUAUACGGGCGCAGGCAUCAGCACAUCGGCUUUAAUACCUGAUUAUCGCGGCAGCAAAGGUAUUUGGACGUUACUGCAAAAAGGCGAAGACAUUGGCGAACAUGAUUUGUCAGCAGCAAAUCCCACGUACACACAUAUGGCUCUCUACGAAUUACAUCGACGACGACUUUUACGUUAUGUUGUUUCACAAAACUGCGAUGGAUUGCAUUUGCGUUCUGGAUUACCGCGUGCUUCACUUUCCGAAAUACAUGGUAACAUGUACAUGGAGGUGUGCAAGCAUUGUAAACCAGGACCAGCGGUGUAUUGGCGGCUAUUUGACACCACCGAAAUGACGGCGCGUCAUAGCCACAAAACGAAUCGUCUUUGUCAUCGUUGCUCCGAACCGCUCUACGAUACUAUUGUACAUUUUGGUGAGCGUGGCAAUCUCAAAUGGCCGUUGAAUUGGGCUGGCGCUUGUCACCAUGCGGAGAAAGGCGAUGUUAUAUUGUGCUUGGGAUCCAGUUUGAAGGUUUUGAAAAAGUACACAUGGUUGUGGCAAAUGGAUCGUCCAGCGAAACAACGAGCAAAAAUUUGUAUUGUUAACUUGCAAUGGACACCUAAAGAUAGUAUUGCCUCAAUAAAAAUAAAUGGAAAAUGUGAUCGCGUUAUGGAAAUGUUGAUGCGUGCGCUAAACAUAAGCGUGCCGAUAUAUACAAAGGAGAAGGACCCUAUAUUUGCGCACGCGUCGCUGCUUAUGCCCGAGGAGUUGCACACACUAACACAACCGCUGCUAAAGCGAGCCGGCGAAGAUGCAGAUAAAGAUACUGAGACUGCCGAGGAUGAGCAUGACACAUGCACCAGCGCAACCGAGGAAACGCUUGAUUCGAUUAUGUCAGGGGAUAGCGGCACCGAUUUGCCAAUAGGUAAAGGUCCUCGAAUACGUACACCAUUGAAAAACAGUACGCGUAUCAAAACCAAUCUUGAACUGAAAUAUAAGAUGCCGCGUUUGGACAGUCAUGCACAGAGUUGUGAGGAUGAUUCUAAGAGUGAAAAAAAUGAAAAGAUUUCUGAAGUGGCAAGGAAGACUGUGGAAGAUAUCAGUAACGCCAACCUGACAGAGAACAAAACAACCGCAUAUGACAUACUCCUAAGUAUAAAAGAAGAGGACCGUGAGCCGAAAACGAAUGCUGCCACACAACCUGAUCUAAUGGAAACAGGCGAAAAUAUUUUAAAAAACAUAUCUCAAGAAGGGCAGCCGAAAAUAGAGAGCAUUAAACAAGAGGAAAUCAAUACAAAUAUAAGUGAAUCGAAAUCAGAUGACCAGACUGUAGAUACAUCGACUGCUUCUAUUAAAGUAGAGCUCAACCCCGAAACUAAUAGUGUACUCUCUGAUAUAAUAACUAAUUCUAAAGAUGUAGAAAUGAAAAUAGAACCUAAUAUUAAAUCGGAGUCAACCGCUGGUGGUUCCAUGCCAGUACAGCCAAAAGCAGUGACGCUUUUCACGGAGUCUGUGCCGAAAAUAGAAGAUGAUGCAAAGGAAGCCAGCCGAAACCCCACUCCAAGCUUAACCAACAGCAAAAAGGAGUUGGAGAAUUUGAACUCUCCUAAAACGGAAAGCAUACAAGUAAAAAUAGAAACUGCAAUUGAGGUGAAAUCAGAAACCCCCCUUGAAAUGCCGGCAUUGGUGCCUAUCAGGCAGACUGCAGCAGUGACUAACAAACCAAUUAAUGACGAGAUUAAAUCAAAUGAUACACCCACUUCCGAUCUAUUCAAAACGUUGCAGGCCACAGAGAUUGCGCUCAACUCUGAUGAAGAAGAGGCAAGUUGUGAAAAUGUAGUUGCCCAAAUGGACAUACUGAAACUGGCAAGGAAGAGCACAGUUAAUAGUAGUGGCAUCAAAAAUAUCACACAACAGUAUUGGCUAUUGCGCAAGUUGCCCUGUUGGUACGAUGUCAAGUAUGCAUACUCUGGUCUGCAUAGUAUAGUGUAUCCGCCGCCAGCCGACCUGAAUAUUUGGAACUAUCAAGUAGUACCGAUAUUUGCUUUGAAUCGGGCAGCGGCCGAGUGUGAAUUCUGCUUUAAUAACUAUGCGGAAUUUGAGUGUCAGUUCUACCGGAAGUGGCACCUUAACGAACGCAAGCAUAAGAAACGCGCACGCAACGGACGUUUUGUGGUGUGUGAGUGUUGCUCGUAUUCAGAUGAGGAUGAUGAUGAUUACGAUGAAAACAUCUCGUUGGCACAUAUAGCCGCGGCAGAGGCGGCAAAGCGACAGCUGCAGUUAAACAACACUUUCCCGAGAAAAUUGGCGCGCACGCAAGCGGGCUGGUACGGCAAGGGCUAUCGCAAGGCAAGGCGACGUAAAUAAUACCGUGUACUGUAACUUUUUUACUUCAUUAUGUUUUUGGAGAGAGGAGAGGAUAAGUGACUGUCACACUGGCAGCUGUGACUGUCCUUGGUCACUACAAAUUUUUUGAGUAUUUAAAACUUUUUACCUGUACAAGUUUUUCUAUUUUAGUUUAAAAGCUUUUGAUGCAUUUAUUUUUUUUGUUUCUGAUAUUGUCUACAUUGCUUGCAGUGUUGUAGGUAUUCUUUUAUUAAAAUAGUUUGGGAUGUUAAGACCGUAAAUUUUCGUUGAUUAAAAUUGUACGAACAUAUUAAGUAACUAAAAUGCUAAAAUGUACGUUGUAAUGUACUGAAAUUUUUUUAUAAAACGAGAUUAAUAACACUUAUUAUAUAAAAAUGUCCGCAUUUAAGAUAAAAAGUAUUUGCAUUACAAACUUACAAGAUUAAAUUGAGUUUUAUUAUGUAAGUAGAAUUAAUAUUGACAAGUCUUUCACAACAAUGAGACAUACAUGUGUAUGUAGCUUAAAAUUGAAAAUGUCAUUAUUAAAAACUGGUAAGAAAUCAAUAAAAAAAAUUAAACAAACUAAAUCCUGGUAUGAACAUUCCCAAAUAUGUACAUACAUACAUAAGGCUAUUUCUAGUAUAUAAGAACAUAUCGUCGUUUCAAAACCUCGGUAUGUCAGGGUGCUCAAAUUUUAUGGGAGAGAAGAAAACUAGUCUUAUUUUUUUUAUCUCCAAUUAUCUCUUCUUCUUUGUCUAAGUAUCGAUAUUUUAGUUUGAAUGGAUAAGGGUUUGAUGACAGGAGCUUCUAGUGAGCAAAUAUCUUUUUUGGCACAAAAUUCAGUUACGGGGUUUUGCAGAACCACGAUACGCGGUUUUGGACUUUAAAUGACGAUACGUGUGUGUAUGUAU